AUGAUGAUCUUGCAAGUCAGCAGGAACCCCUCACAACCAGGAAAGAUGGCCUCAAAAGAUCCAGUCGUCACGGCCCUCGAGCCGGCUCGCAAGAUCCUCCUCCAGCAGGUCCUCAACGAACAAGGCCCAGGUCUUAAGCUCAACGGCGAGUCUACGAUCCUCACAUGCAGCAGCCAGACAGCAGAAACAUUGGCAGAAUGGCUGUGGAAGAAUAAGUACGAUAUGCCACGAGGCAUUGUCGUCUCUGGUGAGACUGCUGAGCAUGAAUUAUCGCCGGAGCUGCAACGCGGUGCCAACAUUCAGGUCGUAUCCCAAGUUCAGGACGGCAGCUCAACGCACGCCUUCUCCCAUAUCGACAUCUACAGCCAACGCGGCACAUCCGAACUCUUAGCCGGAAUCCACCACGGCCUCGCCCCAAACGGCACAGCAAUCGUGACCUGCAUGAAGCGAAACCCAGUGGAAGUCAUCAUGAAGUCAGUCUUCUCAGCCACCGGCCGAAGGAACUCUGUAGGCGGGCGGGAAAGUGCCAUGGAGAAUGAGCUGAAAUCUCUGGCGAUGCAGGCCGGAUUUGAGAGCGAGCGGGUCAAGGUCUUGCAGGAGAAUGUUCUGGUGACGGGCCAGGCGUUGCAGAAGUUGAAGGAUGAUGUUGAGAGGACUUGUGAUGGAAUCAUGGGCCAAAGUGGGGAUUCGCAUAGUUGGGAGAGUACGCUGGAUAGUACGUGGAAUCGGGAGGUUGAGAAGGCGGGUGGGGUGUUGAUUGAGAGUUGGUUGUUGGUUGCUAAGAAGUGA